AGUUGUGAUAAAGAUGCAAUGAAAAUACUAUCGUUGCAAAGGCCUACAAUUUAUAAACUUAAAAAUUUGCUAAAAUUAAAACAGUGUUUAAAUCAGUUAAAGAAAAUAUGGAAAAUUCAAAAUCAGAGAAAAAACCGCUUGAGGAAAAAAAAUGCAUCAUUUGGAACAACAGGACAUUGUUAGAACGUUACCUUAUUUUGGUAUCUCUUGUCAUUUUUAUUUCUUUUCUUGUCAUGGUUGGUGUUUUAUUACAUUUUCAAAAUAAAUCUCAAAAACCAAAGAAAGAAGUUUGCUUAAAUAACAUAUGCAAAUUUUCAGCUGGUUCCAUUCUAAAGAAUAUGGACUUCACCGUCGAUCCAUGCGACAAUUUUUAUGAAUUUUCAUGCGGAUCUUAUCUGAAAUACGAAAAUAUUUACGACGAAAAAAUUCGUAGAAUUACAAAUUUAGAAAAUUAUAUCCUUUAUUUAAAAAAAGAACAGCUGGAAAAACCGGAAAAGUUUAAUGAACCAGAAUUCGUCAAAAAACUAAAGAAAUAUUAUCAAUCGUGUUUAAAUAAACCUAACGAUAUGAAACAGAUUAUUCAUGGAAUUUUAAGUGCAGCUAACUUGGAUGGUUGGCCACUUUCUGAAAACGAUAAUUCAAAAUUAACAAUAGAAGAAGUUAUAGCACUAGCACAUGCUUACGAUACUCCUGGAUAUUUGUUUGGACUAUAUAGGGAUCAGAACAGCUCUUACAUAACUAUACGCCGUGGAUCUGAUUUAGUUAAGACAACUAUGUUAUUGAAUACGACUGAAGAAAAGUGGAUUAAGUUAAAAAAGAAAUAUAUAAAUUUGAUAGACUACGUACUUUCUGAAUUAGAUUGGUCAACAGAAAAUAAGAACCAGCAUAUUGAUGAAAUAAUCGACUUUCAAACAUCUUUAGCAAAAAUUCUAGAUAAAGAUUAUAAUGAUAAUUCAACAAAUACAACUAUAUCAGAAUUACAUUCGAACUGCUCACAGAUUGAUUGGAAAAAUCUGUUUAUGUUUUUAUUUGAAUAUCUUCAACAUUCUGAAAAAUAUGAUGAUGAAAUUCCUUUAGAAGUAAACAGCAUGGACUUUCUGACUGAUCUAUGUGAACUUGUUGGAAACACUAAAAAUAAAAGAAUAAUUUAUAAUUACCAAGUAUGGAAUAUUAUUGUUCGUUAUUUACCUCGCAUUCACAACGGUUUUAGACAACUUGCGGUCGAUACAAAAGAAUCAUUGUAUUUGUACGACAAAAUUUAUCGUUCAUUUUCGGAUAUGAAUAAACUGAAAUGGAAAACUUGCAUUCAAGAUAUGGACACGUAUACUGAAUUAGGAUUAGAUUACAUAAUGUUAAAAUCCAUGAAUCGAAAAGACGACAUUAAUGAGGUGAAAAGUUAUUCCAAACAAAUACGUGAAACACUGGAUGAAAUUUUUUCGGAAGAAGACUGGUUCGAUAGCUACAGCAAAAAUCUCACCAGAAUUAAAUUGAAGAAAAUCGGACAGCAUAUAGGAUACGAAAAUGGUUCUCUUAAUGCAGAAUUUUUAAAUACGAUGUUUAAUAAUAUCAAUAUCACAGAUAAUUAUAUUCAAAAUAUCUUAGCUGUGAAAAAGGAAAUGACGUCCAAUGAAAUGUUUGAUGAAAGUGUUCUUUUUUAUUUUCGGGAAAAAAUAAAAAUAGCCCCAAUGGAGGUUGGUGCAAGUUUAGGCUAUGAUGGAGUGGAAAUAACAAUACAAAUACCGUUAGCAUUGAUGUAUCCUCCUUUCUAUGCUUAUGGAUUACCUCAAUACCUUAAUUUUGGAGGAAUAGCUGUUGUUAUUGGUCAUGAAUAUUCACAUGCAUUCGAUCAUUUGGAUAUGUCAGCAGGUAAGAUUUACAGUACUUUAAAGGAAUCUUUAAAUUUUCAGAUUAACGGAAAUCGAACAAUUUGGGAUAACUUGUCAGAUAACAGUGGAGUCACUGUUGCUUUCCGGGCUUACGAAAAAUAUCUUAAACGCCACGGAGAAGAACCUCAUCUUCCUGGUCUCGACUUUACAAAUAAACAAAUGUUUUUCAUCGGAUUUGCUCAGCUUUGGUGUGAGGCAAUCGAAUCCAUGAAAAAAACUUUCGAACGUGAUCAGCAUAGUCCCGGAAAAUACCGAGUGCUGGUUCCUUUAAUGAAUUCUCCAGACUUUGCUGAAGUUUUCAACUGUCCUUUGAAAAGUUAUAUGAAUCCCGAGAAUAAAUGUCGAUUAUGGGGAUGAAAUGUAUUUAUUGUACAGUUCGUCAAAAUUCGGAAAACGAAUAAAAUAG